GCGUUCAAUACAAGAAGUGAGGGAACCCAGAUUUUAUCUGCUGGCAGGAUCACGUUGUUAAAUCUAUAGACUGAUGUGUUCCAUGCCAAGUCGGGGUCCGUCCAUUGCUGUGGUCAGAAUCACAGAGAAGAAGCCUGCUAACAUGGACCCCCAGAGGGAGCAGCGCGUCACCAUAGACACCCAUCACACAGAAGUGCACAUGGCAGGCUCCCAACAUGGCAAGCAGCAGAGGACGCUGCGCUACAUGCAGAAAGAUGGCAGGUGUCCUGUGGAGUUCAAGACGAUCCCAGGGGAGUGGGGGGGCUACGUGACGGACAUCUUCACCACCCUGGUGGAGAUCCGCUGGAGGGUCAUGUUCCUCAUCUUCUCCCUCUCCAACAUCCUCUCCUGGCUCCUCUUUGGCCUCCUCUACUGGCUGACUGCCUAUGUGCACAACGACACCGAGGAUUUGGGCAAUCAACCCUGCAUGUACAAUGUGCGCAGCUUCACAGCGUCCUUCCUAUUCUCCAUGGAGACCCAGGCGACUAUCGGCUACGGUUUCAGGGGCAUGAGUGAAAACUGCCUGGUGGUCAUCAUCUUGGUGACGGUGCAGGUUGUGUUGAGUUGCUUCAUCGACACCGCAAUCAUUGGCAUCAUCGUGGCCAAGAUGGCGUCGGCCCGCAAACGAGCGCAGACGGUGGGCUUCAGCAAGUGCGCCGUGGUCAACCUGCGAAACGGCGCUCUGUGUCUAUCGUGGCGUCUCGGAGACUUCCGGAGAAACCACAUCCUUGAGGGCACCGCCAGGGCCCAGCUGGUCCGCCACGUGAAGCACUCCUCUGGCAUGUUCUCAGUGUCCCACAAGGACCUGGAUAUAGAGGGCAGAGACAUCAUCUUGGCCACACCCGCCACCCUAGUCCACAGGCUGGGGCCUGGGAGCCCACUGUAUGGCAUGGGCCCAGACAGCCUUCUGGAGAAAGACUUUGAGCUGGUGUUGUCCUUCACGUACAAUGGAGACUCCACCGGCAUCCUGCACCAGACCCGUACCACCUACACCCCAGCUGACAUCCACUGGGGCCAGCGUUUCCAGGACAUGCUGAGGCUAGGGGUUCGUCACUACAAGGUGGACUACGCCCUGUUUAACCAGACCACCUGGGUGCAGGUGCCAAUGGUCAGUGCUGAGGAGUGUGACAGGGAGAAACUGCCCAUUAAGACUAUUCGGGCCCAGGGCUCUAUCCUCAGAAACCCUUCAGAGAUUGGCCAGAGCAAGGCUGAUGUCACAGAGGAAGUGAUCCAAGAAGCAUGGCUCUAA